AUGCGAAUAAAUAAAUGGAUGUGGUGGACGAGCGUCAUUCUGCUCUUCCUCAGGAAUUGGCCCACCGCAGAAGCCUUCAAUUUGUGAGUUUUCGCCGCGGUUCGAAUGCUUAAAAAAAUCGUCCAAAUAGCUUCAGAUCGAGUGAAGAACAAGAUUCGUCCGAAAAUACAGAUUCAUUCAACUCCUCGAAAGUCAUCGAAGUGGGAAAGCCGAAAACUGCCGAAGAGCUUGGUAAUUCUUCUGUCUUCCUACCGAAUGUUUCGAAAUUCUACAUUCAGGCGUCCAUUCUUGCGAUUCAAAUCAGGAUUGCGUUCACGGCGGAACGUGCCAGAAAGGAAAAGAUGGGCGGGGAAUCUGCAUGUGCCCGAGAAGCUGUCCAGCCAGUUAGUAACGCUUUUUUGGACUGAAAAUCAAGAAAGCAUGGAGAUGCAAAAGCUUACAUUAAAUUCAAAGAGAUUGUGAACGAAUUUGCGGAAAAGUGUCACGAUUUGGGAAAUUUUGCAUUUUUAGCCCAUUCAACCGAAUCUACUGGCAUCGGGAACGAUUUUUAGACCCAUUUCUGAGAGGAUUCUGCGUCCAUUUCUUUUUUUAAACUUCUCUCUGAUAUUAGAUAAAGUUUCGUGUUUCAGCAAUCCCGGCACGAUGCGGCUACCGAUUCAACAAACCGUCGGCGUGUCUCGUCAUGGAUUCCGAAUACCGCGCCAAGUACGACGUGAAAGAGCCGACGUGCCAUCAGGUAAAAGAAGCGAAAGAUUGUUCUCUGUUCGAUACGUGCCAAUUCACUACUCCGGGUGGUCUCUUUCGCUUUCCGCCGCUUGCCACGAUUCCAACUCAGAAUGAUGCUAAUCGCAAGCGACGUGGCGCCUCUGUCUAAUUCGAUUCCAUCGACAAACUGUCUGAUGACGUGGCAGCGAAGAGAGAACAAAAGUUGACCAAAAAUAAGGGAUCUAAGUGCUUGAACUUCCAGAACGAAUGCGUCUGUCCUCCGCAAUUUGACACCGUCCACGUAACCGCCAACGAAAAGCCGCUCCGCCUCAACUCGACACUUUUGCCCACAAAAUGUGACAAAAGUGAGCCAAUUCCUUCGAUCCUCGCUAUUUUCACCGAAAAACGUCUUCAGGAGACCUCGCCGUCGUCGGCAGAGCCUUUCCGUCGCUGUCUGUGUACAAGGGCGUCGACGUGACGCUCUUCUGCUGCGUGAACGUGGAUCCGGAAGGAUUCAUCGACGUGGCCAGCGUAUUUUUCAUUCAAAACACCACGAUCAUGCGCGAACCGACGUCGCAUCCGUUCGCUACGCAAAAUGUCAGUACUUCUCGAGCUGAUUCUAAUUAUCAAACGUUUUGCAGGGAUUCGCGCGUCGAGUGCACGAAAAACAGUCUUGCUGGGAGCUGGAGCUGAAAAACACGCAGCCAUCCGACUCGGGCAGCUACAUGUGCCGUGUGUCGGCCAGCCAACCCGAUCUCAACGUCAACGACACCAUGUACUUUGAGGUUAAAGGUGAAUUCUUUUUUCUUCUUUUAUCGUAUUGAAAAGCCACUGACAAGAAUCGCAAUGUUAAAAAUGCGUCUAGAACACGGCCGCCGCACGCAUUCAUACUGGUACAAACGCCCGAAAAAAGUGAUGAUAGAAUCGGGUGAAAAUGAGGUCGCCGGGUCUAGUGAGUUUAGGCAUGAUCAUCCUGUGAAAUUGAGAAAGUGCAUGAACAUCUUGAAAAUAGGCAACUAUUCUAACUGUUCGUUGUGAGUGAUUUGACCCAGUUCGUUUGAAUAUUGAACAUUCUUAACGUUCUAUACAAAUUUUGAAUAAAUUUCAGCGCCGCGAAUGAUUCAGAAGCUCAGCGUGAAUGCGUCUGAACGAGAAGCGAUCGUAACGUGGGAAUCGGAAGGCGCCGAAAUGGCCAUCGACUUGAGGUAAUCCUUCGAAACGAUAGAAAUCCUCAGAAGCCUAAUAAAGUCACCAGCUUCUAAUAAUCCAUUAGCACUAAACAAUAUUUCCCGUUCCCUCCUAACAGAACUUCGAAACGACGACAUCUGAGAGUGGAUUCAGAUGACGAAAAGGCGAACAAGUAAGAAAAGAGAAUGAGAUGAUUGGAGCGUGCUUUCCUGUGUUCACUCACACUUUGCACUAAAAACGAUUCCACACGUGUCGUGCUUUUCCUUUUCCUAAUUUCUCCUUCAAGGCUCCCUUCCUGAGUUGACUUUCUUUUGUUUCUGUUCAGUUUUCGACUUCCCGCCCACGCCGUCACAUUUGCAGACUGGUCCGACGUACGGACAGCCGCGGACAUGUCGUCUACAGCAAGGACAACGUGACGUCGCCGGUGCACGUGAAGGAUUUGCGCGCCGCCACACCGUACACGCUCUUCGUGUCCGGCAAGGACGGAAUGGUGCCGUUCGAGUUCACCGAACACUUUUCCACCAAACAGAAGCGUGAGUUGGUGCAAGGGAUGGGAUUUUUGGGAGUUGGGAUGAUGUUUGGGUAGAGUUAAGGACGAGCACUUUUAUGGUGCCUUCUUCAGAUCAGAACGCUCUGUUAAGGACCAUAACUGACUUUAAACUCAUGUUUUCAGGUCCAUUUCCUCCGAAAGAAGAAGACGUCCGCGUGCUCAACUCGGGCUCCUCGCUCAGCUGCGAAGUCGAAUGGAAGACGCCGGCGGAGACGAACGGCCGGAUCACCAAGUACUUUGUUUCGGUGCGCGGCGCGAUGCGGAAGCCUCGGCCAGACGGUGCCCUCACUCCGGACGACUUUCCGACGGCCGAAGAGGUCGACAAACGGUGCGCGAACUGGGAUGAGGACGAGGGAAAGACGGCGCAGACGGGCAUCAACCCCAUCGACUUUUCCAACGACUUCUACUCGUGCAAAUUCGGUCCGCUCAAGGUUUUAUUGAAAUUUUAGAGAACAUCUCUGGAUAAUGAUGAUUUUUCAGCCGAAUCGAAAAUAUUCGGUGAGUGUGUGGGCGGAAAACUCGGCAGGUCGAUCCCAGGCGGCGCUGUUCAAGAAACACUGCCUGACCAACUACGCGCAGCCCGACGUCGUGGAUCCUCCGCGGACAGUGCACUCGAGGAACCAGUCGACGUUCUUGCUCAACUUUCCGCAUCAGCCGGACGACACGAACGGACCGAUCAGCUGCUAUUACAUCGCCAUCGUGCCGCUCCCGACCAACGUCUCCCUCGAUCUGCUGCCACGCUCCGACGAGAUUGUGAUGGACUCGUUCUCGAAAGUGUUCACCAACAACCUCCAGCCGUCUGCGGCCGAGAAGAAGCGAUUCUUUGCCUACGUGGCCGAGUCGUACAGCGAGUUCCCGGAGACGACGACGAUCGGUGACGGCAUCGGAGUGGAGGGACUGAAGGCGUGCAAUGUGCAGUACUUGAGUCGGUACUCAUCGGAAGAUCUCGCGUUAAGGACCGGGCUGAAGUACACGGGAUUUCUGAUUGUACGCGUGGAUAAGGAGGAUGACUUCAAGGACGGAAGACCCAUGCAACAGCUGAGAAACUUGUAAGCUUAAAAUCCUUCCGAAAAAUAGUCUAACAAUGUUCGUAGCCUUUUCAGACUGGACAAAAGCACGUCUCCAUCUUCCCGCCGUCACCGCCAACUCCAUUUGAGCGGUCCUGCCUACGGAUACUCGGACUACUUCAAACCGAUCCUUCUGGAUACCGACGUGCCGAGCGACACGCUCACCACCGGCAUAAAAGUUUUUCUUCCCAUUUUCCUCUUCCUCGCAAUGGCCACCGCCGUCGGAGUGUUCAUAAUUCGUCGGCGACGCGGAGAGAAGGACAAAAUAUGGACGUGGUGCCCGUUCUUCUCGAAAAUGAUCUCGAAAGAUGCGUCGGAACGGAAGCAGCUGAAGCAGUCGUUCGGAGCGGUUGCGGUCGACGAUUUGCCUACAGAAUACGUCAUUCGACACAGAGACUCUGACUUUGUGUUCGUGCAGGAGUUCGAGUCACUUCCCAUCUACCAGCUCGCGGCGUCGGCCAGCAGUCAGGAGGAGAACGUGAUCAAGAACCGAUACAAUGACAUCCGAGCAUUCGACAGCACGCGAGUGAAACUGAAAAAGGUGAACGGAGACGAACACUCGGACUACAUCAACGCGAAUUUCAUCAAAAGUUGGAAGAAAAAGAAGCUCUUUAUCGCCGCCCAGGCGCCGCUCGAAGCGACGAUUGACGAUUUCUGGCGCAUGAUUUGGGAGCAAGAAGUGUAUUUGGUCGUGAUGGUCGCCAAUUUGAUGGAAAAGAACAGACAACAGUGCGCCAGGUACUGGCCGGAAGACGAGAUCACUCGGUACGGCGACAUAAUCGUCGAGCCGCUCGGAGAAUCGUUUUAUUCCGACUACGCGGUUCGGCAGUUCGACAUUGCGCACAUCUCGGAAUGCGGUGAGGAAGUUGCGCCCAACGCGAGCGGAGUCGAAUACGCGAACGUGCCGAUGGUCAAUGGAGAACAAUUUUCCAACAAUUGUAUUGAAUUUGAACUUUUCUUCUCAACUUUACCUCUUUUUCCAGCCCGACGCAUCCUCCAGUACCACUUCACCAAUUGGAACGACUACAAAGCGCCCGAGUGCUCAACAGGAAUGCUCCGAUUCAUGUACAUCCUUCGCGAGCUUCCCCAGUUCAAUGAGUCGCCCGUCGUCAUCCAUUGCAGGUAAGCGAAUCUGCGGAAGAAGACUAAAACUCAUGAUUUUAGUGCGGGAGUCGGUCGGACCGGCACGUUCAUUACCAUCGACUCGAUGUUCGAUCAGUGUCUGGCCGAAGGGAAAGCGAACGUUUUCGAUUUCGUGGGCAAUCUCCGUCGCCAGCGCAACCUGAUGGUCCAAUCCGUCGAGCAGUACGUGUUCAUCUACAAAGCGCUGGCCGAGUGGCACAUGUACGGCUACACGGACCUCGACUACCAGCAGUUCGAGCAACACUACGCACGGAUCAGCGAGACUGGAUCUGUGCGGGAUCGGGCGGUCAGCUUCAACCAGGGAUCCUCCAGCGGAUCGAUUUCUCCGCGAGUCACAAUCGUUUCGUCGCGGGAAUCCGUGUUGGAAACCGGAUUGGAAGAGGAGUUCAAGAAAUUGGAACGUAAUCUGUCCGGACCGCUCUCGAUGUCAUUCGCGGCGAAAGACGAGAAUCUGCUCAAGAACCGGUUCGAAGCGGCCGUUCCGUACGACAAGUACCGAGUGGUUCUGCCGCCGACGAUCGGAAACGCCGACUCGACGUACAUCAACGCGUCGCACAUCCGCGGCUACUUCUACGAUUACAUCGCCGCUCAAGACCCAGUGUCACAAGCAACCGCAUUCGAUUUCUGGAGAAUGGUGUACGACCAGAAAGUGACGACGAUUGUGAUGCUGUCGAACGAGGAGGAUUGGAGCGAAUCGGAGAAGUACUGGCCGCAUGAGAUCGGCGCUCAGAGUCACUUCGAAGCCGGCAGGAACAGCGCCGAAGUCUCGUAUCUCUCGGAAGACCAACAUCCGGACUUUACGGUUCGGACGCUCGCCUACACGAUGAAGGAGAACGAGCGGGCGGCGCCGAGCAAAGAAGUCGUGCUGUACUCGUACACGGCGUGGCCUUCGGACUCCCUCGUCCCCCAAUCGGCGUCUUCCCUCAUGAACCUGAUCAGUUUGGUUCUCCAACGACAGAGCAACAUGCAAGACACCCAGAGACCGAUUGCCGUCCACUGCAGGUUAGUCAAUGCACGUCUUCUCUCAUAAAAUGUUGAAAUGAUUGCAGAAAUGGCUCCUCCGAGACGGGCAUCUUCAUCUGCAUCUCGUUGCUCCUGCUGCGGCUCAAGGCGGAGCAGCGGAUUGACAUUUUCCAAACGGUCAAAGGGCUUCAGUCGCAUCGACCGAUGAUGUUCACGAAGAUCGAACAGUACGCCUUCUGCUACAAGUCGCUCGCCGAUUACGUCUCGAAGGCGUACCGACAAUAA